UAUUUAUUAAAGCUAUCAGUCCUUAUUAAACACUGACUGCAAUAAUUCUGUACAGAGCUAACAAAAGUGGCCCGAUUUUAAUUUAAUCUUGUUCACAUAAUUUAGAAGAAAUGCAUAAAUAUUAUUCAGAUUUGACAUGUUUUACAGUUCCAAAUAGUGAUCGUAUAAAUAUGCCCAGUGGGAAUUGCUUUGGAGCGGGUCUUUAAACUGAUUUGCUUGGCCUGGAACGAACAAGCAAGAGUUCAGAGAUGCCGUUCUCUGCCAAGACAUCUCCUUGUGUGUAUCAUCAUGAGGAUCCAAGACAAACUCCAGAGGAGGUCUCCGCAGGAGAGGGGUCAGCAGCAGUAGACGUGAGGCCCAUAAUGGUGUGGGGUUACAGGUUAAACGAAACCUCAUCAGAAACAGCCCCCCACCUGGCUCGACUUCCUGAAUUUGUUCGUCAUCUACCCCAUGCAACGUCUGUGAUCAACGCAUGAACUCCAAGUUGUGAAACAACUGGAACUCUGGAGCAGCGCCCCUUUCCCUGUUCCUCAUCCUGUGCCUUCCCUUUUUCUUUUUUUUUUCUUUCCCUGACUGUCCCCCCCACCCCCACCACCACCACCCACCCCCUCUCCUGCCAACUCCCCCAAAACUCAGAGCUCCUCCUUUGCUAAAAGACACAUUUCCUGAUGUCAUUACUAAAUCAAAAUGCUGCUCAGCAAACAGAUGUUCUGUUAGCCCCGACAUGUAGAUGCUGCGACAUAAAUUUACAAGCAGUAAUUGAGAAAACAUGAACUAUCCACCCCUUUUUCUUACUGACUCAACAACAAAAAAAAAAGCAUUGCUUGCCACACCUGUGGUGGGAAGCGCGUCCUCGCUUUUCAGGCAUGCAUGUGUAGCGGGAAGCCUUUUUAAGCAGCUGAUCAGUUGCGACUAACAACUUGUUCCAGGUUUGGUGGUAUUAACCUAAAUAUGAAAUCAUGGCUGCCUGCACAGCACACCCUGCAGAGUCAUGAUUACAUCCACCCAAAACGCUAAGCCCUAAAUGUUUACUUAUGUUUCCUAUUUGGCAGAGGCAGCCCAAAAGGCAAAUAAAUCACAUGCUGUGCGCUGGCCAGGCCUUCGACUGUGAGAAACUGAGACUAAAAAGCAGAACAAGAGUUAAAGAGUAAAGGGUUUUCAGAUGUGAGUCCAGCCCCAGCUUGGGUGUGCUCCUUUUAUUUGGGAGAAUGGAGAGGACAAUCUCUGUUGCCUCCACCCCUUUAAAAAGGAAGAAACGUGUGUUGGAGAGGGGAAGAGCUGCUGCCAAGGCGCAGGGCCAUCAGACAGAUCUUCGAAGAACAUCUGGUAACGCGGGUUGAAUUGUUUGGACAUCUGGUAACCGAAGAUUACGCCGCGUCUCUUCCAUCCUGUACGGUUUCCUGUUAUGCCUCGCUGUACACAGUCUAAAAAGUUUAGGUUUAUAAUACAUGGUCUCCUUUUGGAGGAAAGGCAGCUUUAUUCGUUUUUUCUGACAUGAAGGGAGCACUUGGUUUCAUUGGGGUAUUCCUCUCCUUUCUCUCUGAUGUCACUGGAAACUCUACCGUGCCAUCUGCUUGUGGACAUAAACAAACAAUAGAUUGUGGAUUAUAUUGUGGCUUCUGCGAUCAUGAGUUCCAUGGAGAGAGAAUAGACUGCCUCGCCUUGUUUUUGACCCAUGUAUGCCUGUUCACUUUUAAAAACGAGAUGGAACCAUUGAACAGCUCUGACUGGUGCAUUUGGGGUAAGGUGAACAGGCUGUACAGCAACUUAAGCCAAUGCACCGAGGAUAUGUCGGACUGUCUUCUGAUCCCAUGGCCCAAUCCACUGGUGGAACAGACUUUUGUCGACAUCCAUUCCACGUAUUUCCAGGAAUGCCCCACAGAAGAGUUCAAUGACCCUCCACCGUCCGUCGUCUUCGCCUUGGUCAUCACGCCCAUAUGCUUGAUACCCCUCAUGGUCAGCCUGGUGGUGCUCAAGACGAAAAAUGGGGAUGGCAACUCCUGAUUAUUCUCAACAUCUCUGCUCACAGUCUCUCGGAUUGGCCUCUGUUCGCCUCGUCUCCUCCCUUGAAAACUGCUAGUCUCCAUAACGACCGCUGCUGCACUUUCAUCCCACCAGUGACCUUGCAGAGAUCUAAAUGUCUCUGACAUCCUUACCUUUGCUUCACAGCUCUGAAGAGUUCGGAACUGAUCAGCCACAGAAGAACCACAUCUGGAGUUAAAGCUUGUGGCGUAUCAAUAAUUACUGUUCUCCCCGUUGUUCACAGAGACUCGUUUGGGUAAAAUCUAUGCCUUGCAAAAUACUGUAUCUCAUUUACUGUAUCCACACUUUACAGAUAAGGAUGUGACAAAAGUUCGGUUUCCAGCCACCUGACUGGAGAUCGAAGGAUCGACUGAACCAGUUUGCACAUGAUAUUCAGAAAAAACAGAGCUUUGUUUAUACUGGAAAACUUGUGAUCAGGGUGAUUUGUGAUGACAAAAGCUCAGGAGCUUGCAAACUUAAAAGUAAAAUCUAUUUGCUGUUGACGCUCAAUAUGUAACACACCAUAAAUCCUUUAUGAAUUGCUUCACUUUUCAUUUGCGGCUCCUCUUUUUCUCUGCUGCUCAAAUGUAACUUUCCUUUGGUCGACAACUUAGAGGAUGAGGAGGAUAUGUUUAGUCUAAGCAUGAGGGAAGUUUGAGGUUAAAGGUUACAGAUAAGACACAAUGAGCGGGUGUGACCACGGUGGUAGACCUCCUGGUAUUGUGUGCCUGUUUUCUUUUUUCUUGAACGUCAACAAAUAUGUCCUUUUCCUUCCCUCUAAGAGCAAGUGGUGACAGUGAAGUGAUUGAAAAGUUUAUCACUAUUAAGAAGACAUUUCAGACGAUUGUCUGUGCAGAAAAAUGUUAAACACUGAGUGAAGACAAGAAGGUAUAGAAGUUAUCUUUCGCUUGUGUUAUGAUCAUGUGGCGUAUAUUGUUCAUAUUUGACGAUAAAGCAAUCAUAAGUGCUUUCAGACUUGGAACAAACUGUAUUUAUAUACUUUGUUAUAAGUGUUAUUGACAGGACCCAGGAUCCUUACUGUAGAGUGUGCUUACUCUCACACCAUGUAAUGUAACCUGUAUAUUUUAUAUACUUUUUAAACCAUAAAAACACUACAAAUGGUU